UGUGCGUCAACAUAACCGCGGAUCACCGUCUCUGCUGCUGCUGCUGUGAUGAAGAGGCAGAAGCUGAGGAGGAGGAGGAGGAUGUCGCUGUCCUGCUGCUGAUGAUCGGGACCGUUAAAGACCGUCCAACCCCCGAACCGAACGAAUGCCCCCACGUCGGAUCUUUGGAAGCGGACAAAAAAGCCCCACGACUCUCUCGCUCUCUCUCCACUGCAACAACGAGGUGAACACGUCCUACAGCCUCACAUCCUGACAUGAUGGGGGACUCGCGCUGCACUUCCCACAGAGCCACUGGAGCAGUUUUCGGGAGAAUGAGCUUAGCCACACUCGUACCUUUUGCGUUGUUGUUACCGACACUGAGAGUCAGUGCGCAGUUGAUGGGAAGCCCCCUGGACUGCCACAAGACCUGCGUGUGUGCCAGCAACAUCGUCAGCUGUUCCAAGAUGAAUCUAACCAACGUUCCCACGGGUCUUCCACGGUAUACAGCUGUUCUGGACCUUAGCUUCAACUCCAUCACCAGGCUGCGUGCCGAGUGGACUCCUGUGAUACUCGGCAGACUGCACAGCCUCAGUCUCAACAACAAUGGACUCACGUUUCUGUCCUCAGAGGCAUUUGUGUCGGUGACAAAGCUUCAGUACCUGGACCUGUCAUCCAACUGCAUCCGCCUGCUGGACGAGUUUAUCUUUGAGCCGCUGGAGAACCUGGAGGUGCUGCUGCUUUACAACAACUGCAUUUCCCAGAUAGACCGCACCGCUUUCUCCAGCCUCGUCAAUCUGCAGAAGCUCUAUCUGAGCCACAACCAGAUCUCACGGUUCCCCUUGGAGCUUGUGAAGGAGCGGAGCCGGCUGGAAACUCUCAGGCUCCUGGAUGUUUCCUCCAACCGGAUCAAAGUCCUGCCCCUGCAUGAGCUCCAAGCGCUGCCCGCCUGGAUCAAGAACGGCCUGUUCUUUCACAACAACUCUCUGCCCUGCACCUGUCAGCUGUAUGACAUGGUGGCACGCUGGCACCUGCGGGGGCUCAUCUCUGCUACUGACUUCAGGAGCAGCCACACCUGUGUGUUACCAGGGCAGAAGAAGGAGAAAAUGGCCAUAAUGGAUCUGAACAAGGUCAGUUUGAACUGCAGUGAGGUCAAAGUUUUGGAUGAAGAAGCAUUCCUUGAGCAGUUCCUGGUGCUGGACUGUGAUACCAGGCAGAGGGACAUGCAGAAGAGCUGGGUGCUGCCUGGAAACGUCCCACUGUCUGCAGCAAACACGACUGCAGUGAUGAGGCAGGACAGCAGCAUCUCCAUCGGGCCCCUGAGGGCAGAAGACUCGGGUGUCUACAUCUGCUAUGCCACGAGUGACUCCUUCAACGAGACGCUCUAUGUAACUGUCGUGGUCUUCAAUUCCACCAAGAGCAGUGGUCUGGAGAACCUCAAAACAGCCUACACCACGCUUGUAGCAUGUCUGGUCAGUUUAGUUAUGAUUCUCAUCUACCUCUAUCUCACACCCUGCAACUGCCCUUGCUGUCCAGGUUAUGGCCUGGAAAAGACCGAGCCCAGAGACAGCCUCAACUCGUCCACUGUCAGCAUCGCUCAAGCAUGCAAGGACACGGGGCAAGAGAGCCUAGAAGGCAGCGGAGGAGGCUUCCCCUUCAGACACAUGGGCUUCCAGGAGAUCAAGGACCAGGUGGAGCACAAUGGGAGGUUGAAUCCAAUAGGUGAGGAAGAUGAGGAGUUGCAGGGGGAAAACAGGGAUAGGAGGAGGUCUGACGCGGAGUCUGUGAGCUCCGUGUGCUCCGACACCCCCAUGGUGAUGUGACGGUUCGAUCCAGUCCAAUGCUUCACAGAGAUUUGUUGGCUUUGCAUUAUUGUGUGCGAGAUUCAAAUGUUUUAUCUUCCAAAGCAAAGCUUGAGCUCUCGUCGGCUCUCACGGUCAGUUGCACAGACUCAUGUUCUGUUGAUGGGAAAUUAAUUUUCUUAAAAAAAUAUACCUCACAGCUUUCAUUUAAUGCACAUAGAUAUAAGCAGUUAGGUAAAUGAUGUAUCGCCUUUAUCUUAACAUUUUGCAGGAGUGGCAUUUUCGAUGACACAAAAAUAAUUAAUAUGGUGAGGAUACGUUAUAAAUCACAAUUUUAAUUAUUUGUCAGUCUCAUAGUCUUUAACAUUUACCGCAAAACAUUGGCUGAACUUGCAUGUGCAAGUUUUGACGGAAGUCCUUCUGAAAACACACUUGCUAUCAGCAACAAUUACCCAGAGACAAACAGCAUGCAAACAUCUUUGGUCAUAUUAAUAUCACGAGACUGCACAUUCCACUGAGAAUCUUAACACUACAAAAUAACUAACUAGAAGUUUUUAAUGCUGCUACUUAAAAAGAGAAACCAGGUUUCAUUCCACUGUGAAUUGUUCCUGUAUUUAUUCGUAAAUUACAUUCCUGUUUGGUUCUAAAGACUCCUAUUAUGCAAUUUUUAUCAGUUUAAAACAUUUCCCUGUGUGUACGUUUGAGUAUGUGUUAACUAAAUGUUUUUGCUAUAUCAACAUUUUGAACAUUUUGGGCACCAGUACAUUAAAAUUUGUUGAAAUUUCUCCGUCAGUUGAGGAAAAACUAAAGAUCUAUUGUUAAUCACAAUCACCACCUUAUGUAAAUGAAAGAGAAACUGAUAUGUAGUCAUUUACGUCAUUAUAAAUAUAACUUUUAACUAUAAAUAUGACUUUUAACAGACAAAUCCAUAUGAAAUAUUGAUUCAGGUUGAUUUAGGACAUAAAGGCAGUUUCCAAUUCAGAAAAUAAAUGCAUCGUUAUAAAUUUAAGCUCUUUCAAAUCUCAAGCAGUCAUGUCAAGUAAACACAAAUUAACACCUUGGGAGGUUUGAGAAUCGUGGCUCUGUCGUUUGAAACUUUUUAACCAAAUAUUAUGGAAAAGUACUAUAAUGGCAGUUUGUCCCAAUUGUGGUUUGAACUGAAAUUCCAUGAACAAAUACCAAGAGAUAAAAUGGACUUUUAUGAUGCAGUAUAAAAAUGUUGUGUUCAGAGUGACAUUCAUAUCAGUGAAAAACCUUCCAUACUGGACAGUUGAAAGCAGCCAGAGAGAGUAUUUACCACGGUGGUAAAUGCUCUGUACUAAUGUACUGUCUACGCAUCAGAGCCAAGCCCAGAGCAAAUCAACAAACAUCAGCCUGACAUCCCAUAAACACAGGCAGCUUGUAGCACAGAAUAGAAUACAAAAAUAAUAAUUAAAACCAAAAACCACAUAUUUAUUUUCUGAAAUACGAGGAAAUGAUUAAAGCAUGAGUCUGUAAUUUGUUUACUGACUUUAUUGUGCCAUUUGUUGAGAUGCUCUUAAAAUCCAGACAGCCACCAAAAAUUAAAUCUGAUGAAAAACGGGGUGGAGUGGCUCAGUGGUUAAGACCCUACCUUGUGUACCAAAG